UCUGUUCACUGGUCCACAUCCCAAGCGGCCACAAUGGCCCGAGCUGAGCUGAUUUGAAGCCAGGAGCUUAUUCCAUGUCUCCAAUGUGGGUACAGGGUCCCAAGGCUUUGCUCUUCCAGGCCACGGGAAAUGGUGACAUUUAAGGAUGUGGCUGUGGACGUCACUCAGGAGGAGUGGCAGCACAUGAAACCUGCUCAGAGGACCCUGUACCGAGACGUGAUGCUGGAGAACUACAGCAACUUAGUCACAGUGGGCUGUCAACUUACCAAACCAGAUGUGAUCUUCAAGUUGGAGCGAGAAGAGGAGCCAUGGGUCACAGAGGAAGAAAUAUUUGAGAUGCAAAGUCCAGUGCCCAGAAGAAGCGGGAACAGCUGUCCACCUGAAGUCACAGUGGGGUUUCAGGGCUUGAAAUUCAAAGACGUGGCCAUUUACUUCUCUGAGAAACAGUGGGAAUGCUUGUAUUCUGCUGAGAGGGAUUUGUACCGAGAUGUGAUGUUGGAGAAUUACAGCAACCUGAUUUUAGUGGGACUUUAUAACACCAAACCAACUGUGAUCUCCUUGUUGGAGAGGGGAAAAGAGCCCUGGAUGAAUCAGAGGAAAGACCCAAAAGAGCCGCGUCCAGGUUUGGCAUCCAAAAGGGCAAUUAAUUUGAAUUCACAUGCAAAAGAGAAUGGUUAUGAAAUUAAGUUGUUGCGUCUCAAGACAAAGAGAUCCACACAGCCUAAUCCUGAACGCACCGAAGUGGUGGAUAACAGAGGAGAGAGAAGCCAGCCGGAGAAACAGGGCCACGCCAGAGCAGCCGCCACAGGCCCUGCAGCGCCUGCCAGUUCUGCCACGCGCACAGCCGGGAGAGAACAUGCGGUCACUCAUACUGGAGAGAAAGAUUGUAGAUGUACAAAAUGUAAGAAAGCUGCCAGGUGUCAGUCACAUCCUGUUCAACAGGAAAUGAGUCAUAAUAAGGAAAAAGAUGUUAAAUGUGGAGAAUGUGGGAAAACCUUUACUAGUAGGUCAGACUUAAUCAAGCAUGAGAAACUGCAUGAAAAAAAUAAUGAAAAUAAGACACGUGCUGUUGCUCGUGAGCCUAAAAUUACUCAGCCUCAGAACAGUAAUAGUGCUGAGAAACCUCACAAAUGCAAGGAAUGCGGGAAAGGCUUUCAUUCUAGCUCCCAGCUUAGUCAGCACCAAAAGAUCCAUGUAGGUGAGAAACCCUAUAAAUGCAAGGAGUGUGGAAAGGCCUUUCCAUCUAAUGCACAACUUAAUCUCCAUCGAAGAGUUCAUACUGAUGAGGUAUACUACGAGUGCAAGGAAUGUGGGAAGGCCUUUACACGCCCCUCACACCUUUUUCGACAUCAGAGAAUCCACACUGGUGAGAAGCCCCAUUUAUGUCAGGAGUGUGGGAAGGCUUUUCGGUAUGACACCCAGCUUAGGCUUCAUCAGAUAACUCAUACGGGCGAAAGGCAGUAUGAAUGUAAGGAUUGUGGCAAAGUAUACACUUGUGCCUCACAACUCAAUCUACAUCAGAGAGUUCACACUGGUGAGAAACCCCAUAAGUGUAAGGAAUGUGGGAAAGCCUUUAUCUCUGAUUCACAUCUUACUCGACAUCAGAGUGUUCACACUGGUGAGAAACCCUAUAAGUGUAAGGAAUGUGGAAAGGGCUUUCGUCGUGGCUCAGAACUUGUUCGGCAUCAGAGAGCUCACGCUGGUGAGAAACCCUAUAAAUGUAAUGAGUGUGGAAAGGGCUUUACUUGCAGCACAGAACUUGUUCGACACCAAAAGGUGCACACUGGUGAUAGACCCCAUAAGUGUAAGGAAUGCGGAAAAGCUUUUAUCCGAAGGUCAGAACUGACUCACCAUGAGAGGAGCCACACUGGUGAGAAACCCUAUCAGUGUAAGCAGUGUGGGAAGGCCUUCGGCCGUGGCUCAGAGCUUAGUAGACACCAGAAAAUCCACACUGGUGAGAAGCCCUAUGAAUGUAAGGAGUGCGGGAAGGCCUUUAUUCGUGGCUCACACCUUAGUCAACAUCAGAGAAUUCAUUCAGGACAGAGGAGUGAAUGAAGGUAGGAAGGCUCAGAACUUGACAUCAGAAAAACCGAUAGUUGUUUCAAGAAAACUUGUCAUUUUAAGAAUUAUAAGAAAUCACUGAGGUUAACUAAUUAACAAAUAUCAGAAUUCAUAUUGUAGAUUUAAAACCUGCCAGACCAUUAAGGACAAGAAUUGAUGUAACUCUUGUUCAAAUGACAACUCUUAUGAAUGACAGAAACUGGAAGGAAUUUGGUCUGUCACCGGGUUCUGUGCAUCUGUAGAGUCAAGCAACUGUGCAUUGAAAAUAUUCAAGAAAAACAACUGUAUGUAUACCAAAUAAUCAGGUUUUUGCCAUUGUUCCCUGGGUAGUAAUUUACACAGCUCUUAUAUUAAGCUACUUGUUACAAGUAUGCUGAAGUAAAUGGGAGGAUGUAGAAUGGUUAGAUACAAACACUACUGUAUAUAGGGACUUGAACGCCCACGAAUUAUCU